AUAGCGUUUUUUACUUUUAUCUCCAAUCGAUAAGCAUUAUCUAUGUGUAAAUAUAAUUGAGUUUAUAUGCUAAUUGGUCUAUCUUUAAUAAACAUACAGCCCAAGUGUAGUCGAGUUAUCAGCGGAACGCAUUAGCAAAAUUAGCUUCCAAGUUAAAUGAAAAAUAUAUUGAAGUGCUAUAAUCUGUAUUAAUGGCGACCACCUCUCCACCCCGUCCUUCACUCGUAAUUCAAAAAGAAAUCAAUAUGUGGCCAAUGAAAUGCAGCAAAUGAAUGUUGCAAUUCAAUAGUAAAAAUUUGUGCAAAAUCAUUGGCAAUUUAGGCAGAAAUUGCACCCAAAUGAGACCAGCUGGGAGUCCAUGCAAGUCGUGUCCUUUAAAAACUGCCCGACUAGUUUUUCCCAUAAGAAUGCUAUAAAAGGAUGAAGCACAAACAGGAUGGCUCAGAAUUCGAUUAGAAAGCCAAGUUAUAAGCCAUGUUUGAAGACAUUCAGCUAAUCUACAUGAAUAUCAAGAUAUUGCGAUUCUGGGCCCUGCUCUAUGACAAAAACUUGAGGCGUUAUGUGUGCAUUGGACUGGCCUCAUUCCACAUCUUCACCCAAAUCGUCUACAUGAUGAGUACCAAUGAAGGACUAACCGGGAUAAUUCGUAACUCAUAUAUGCUCGUCCUUUGGAUUAAUACGGUGCUGCGAGCUUAUCUCUUGCUGGCGGAUCACGACAGAUAUUUGGCUUUGAUCCAAAAACUAACUGAGGCCUAUUACGAUUUACUGAAUCUGAACGAUUCGUAUAUAUCGGAAAUAUUGGACCAGGUGAACAAGGUGGGAAAGUUGAUGGCUAGGGGCAAUCUGUUCUUUGGCAUGCUCACAUCCAUGGGAUUCGGUCUGUACCCAUUGUCCUCCAGCGAAAGAGUCCUGCCAUUUGGCAGCAAAAUUCCUGGUCUAAAUGAGUACGAGAGUCCGUACUAUGAGAUGUGGUACAUCUUUCAGAUGCUCAUCACCCCGAUGGGCUGUUGCAUGUACAUUCCGUACACCAGUCUGAUUGUGGGCUUGAUAAUGUUCGGCAUUGUGAGGUGCAAGGCUUUGCAGCAUCGCCUCCGCCAGGUGGCGCUUAAGCAUCCGUACGGAGAUCGCGAUCCCCGUGAACUGAGGGAGGAGAUCAUAGCCUGCAUACGUUACCAGCAGAGCAUUAUCGAGUACAUGGAUCACAUAAACGAGCUGACCACCAUGAUGUUCCUAUUCGAACUGAUGGCCUUUUCGGCGCUGCUCUGUGCGCUGCUCUUUAUGCUGAUUAUCGUCAGCGGCACCAGUCAGCUGAUAAUUGUUUGCAUGUACAUUAACAUGAUUCUGGCCCAAAUACUGGCCCUCUAUUGGUAUGCAAAUGAGUUAAGGGAACAGAAUCUGGCGGUGGCCACCGCAGCCUACGAAACGGAGUGGUUCACCUUCGACGUUCCACUGCGCAAAAACAUCCUGUUCAUGAUGAUGAGGGCACAGCGGCCAGCUGCAAUACUACUGGGCAAUAUACGCCCCAUCACUUUGGAACUGUUCCAAAACCUACUGAACACAACCUAUACAUUUUUUACGGUUCUCAAGCGAGUCUACGGAUGAACGAGCAAGGACCAAACUGGAAUAUUUUAUGAAAUAGCUUAAAUACUGCACAUGCAAAGACUCUCACGAUACGAUUUACCAUUAACUCUGGACACAAUCGAGCACAUUUUACAAUUGAAUAAAUCAUUAGUGAAAAG